AUGUGGUUUUUGCACGGUGAUUUCCUUCGCAUGGUCAAUGAAAGUUGGAACAUGCUUGCUCAUGGGUCUCUUGAUUUUAUUUUUUCUUAUAAAUUGAAGAGGCUUAAAGGUCUGAUCAAAGAUUGGAAUCUUAUGGUUUUUGGUAAUAUUCAUUCCCGACUGAAGCAAGAUCAAUUGAGGUUUGAAGUUGCUGCUCUUCGUUCGGAUGAGGAUCCUAAUGAUAUUACUAAUCUUAACCUUAUGAAAGAUGCUAUGUCUAAGCUAAGUGAAACGCGUCUUCAGCAUAACACGAUGCUUAAACAAAAAGCUAGAAAUCAAUGGCUUGUGGAGGGUUCAAGCAAUUCUACUUUCUUUCAUAAUAACAUUCGUAUUCGAAGAAAUGCUAAUACUAUCUCUGAAUUGGUAGACGCUGCUGGUACUACUAUUUCAGACUAUGACCAAAUUCGUGAUCAUGUUGUGCAAUAUUAUGAAGAUAAGUUCAAUGGCCAGGAGUUGGACUAUGAUUUUACCUUAUUUGAUUAUGAACAUCCUAGUAUCUCGGAGGUGGAGAGUCUUGCCAUGGACAGAAUUCCUUCUCCGGAGGAAAUCAAACAAAUUGUUUUUGAUUUAGGGGCUGACAGUGCUCCAAGUCCAGAUGGUUUUUCGGGUUGUUUCUAUCGCCACUGCUGGGAUAUUAUUCAAGAAGACUUGAUUAAGGCUAUUAAUUUUUGUUGGGAGACUGGUCAUAUCCCUAAUGGAAUCAAUUCAAUCCUAAUCAUUUUGCUCCCCAAGGUGAGAGGUGCAAAUACUCUUCGUAAUUUUUGGCCUACUGGUCUUAGUAAUUUUUUCUUUAAAAUUUUUACUAAUAUUCUUGCUACUAGGCUAGGCAGUGUUUUGGAUAAUCUUGUUUCUGAGGAACAUGUUGCAUUUUUGAAAGGGCGUAAUAUCCAAGAAAAUAUUAGCUUCGCUUCUGAAAUGGUUAAUGAACUUCACCUUAAGCGCAAAGAUGGUAAUAUUGGUAUCAAGCUUGAUAUUUCUCAGGAUUUUGAUACGGUGAGUUGGGCUUUUGUUUUGGAUGUUUUUUGUAGAUAUGGUUUUUCUGAGAAGUGGUGCUCUUGGAUUUUUAAUAUCUUGAAUUCUGCUAGAAUCUUUAUUCUUUUGAAUGGCAGUCCGGAGGAUUAUUUGCGUCAAGGAGAUCCCCUUUCUCCUUUGAUUUUUGUCUUGAUUGAAGAUGUUUUUAGUAGAAAUAUUAUCAAUCUCUUUCAUGAUAAGAAGAUGUCUCAUAUGGUUACAAGAGGUGGUAUCUCUCCUACUCAUCGCUUCUUUGCUGAUGACAUUAUGAUUUUUUGUAAAGGAAAUUUGAAAAGUCUUCAUAACCUUGUAGAUUUAUUGGGAAAGUAUCAAAUUGCUUCUGGUCAAACGGUUUGUAGGCAAAAGAGCAAGAUUUAUUAUGGUGGUGGUUCUUUGAGUAGAAGUACUUACCUUGCUGAUUAUUUGGGGAUGAUCGUUGCCACUUUUACAGACAGAUAUUUGGGAGUUCAAAUUAUGCCAGGUACGAUAAGAUAUCGCCAUAUUUCUAAUGUAGUGGAAAAGAUAAAAUCCCAACUUGCUGGUUGGAAAGGUUUUUCUUUAUAUUUUCAUGAUCGAAUUGUGCUUGUUAAAUCUGGCAUUGCUAGUUGUUCUAUUCACAACAUGGAUAUUUACAAAUGGCCUAGCAAAUUUAUUUUGCAAUGUGAAAGAGCUAUAAGGAAUUUUAUUUGGACGGGUGAUUCUAAUGUUAGUCGUGCAGUGGUAGUAGCUUAUGACAAAGUUUGUUGUACUUUUAAGGAGGGGGGCCUUGCCUUAACUCGUAUAUCUACUAUGAAUGAUGCUCUUAUCAUGAAACUUUGGUGGAAUAUUCGUACUUCUAAGAGGAAAUGGGAUGGUUUUCUUCGUGCCAAAUUUUUUGGUAGGAAUGGUUGUAUCAAAGCUAAAGGGGUUAAGUUUUCUAUUCUUUAG